AUGUCAGAAGAAACAAUUAUGUCUAUGAAUGAUCAGGCAAUUAAAAAUGAACCACCAGAAUAUUCAGUAGAAGAGAUUAAACUUGAAAGGGAUGAUGAUUUAGAUGAUUCUGAUGCUAUUGUGGAAUCUGAAUCGUGUUCUGAGGAUGAUGAAACGUGUUUAAAAAGAUUCAUGAACUCCGAAGUGACCAUAGAAGAAGAUGUCAAACAGGAGUCAAUCGAGGCUUACGUAUGUAAUAUUUGUAAUCAAUCUUUCGCAGAAUCACAUCAAUUAAAGGUGCAUAUGGUUAAUCACGAGCCCAGCCGCAGCAAAGAACGCCCUUUCAAAUGCAAAAUCUGCCAUAAGACUUUCAAACACUCAAUACUAUUAAGAAAACACAUGAUGACACAUUCUGGAGAACGUCCCUUCGAAUGCAAUAUAUGCAAUAAGGCAUUUGCCCAAUUAGGCAAUCUAAAAAGUCAUAUGCUCAUUCACAGUAGUGAGCGCCCUUACGAAUGCACUAUAUGCAACAAGACUUUCAAAGAAUCUCGUGCUCUGAAAAAACACAUGCAGAGACACAGUGGAGUACGCCCGUAUGAAUGUGAUGUAUGCAAUAAAAAAUUCACAGAAGUAAGUUCUCUGAAAUAUCACAUGCUGAUACAUGAUGAAGUACGUGCCCAUAAAUGCUAUAUAUGCAAGAAGCCAUUUAGACAUUUUAGUAGUAUGAGAAGACACAUGUCGAUUCAUGACAAAGAGCAUUCUUAUAAAUGUGAAAAGUGCAGUAUGGGAUUUACUCAAGCGUAUGAAUUUCUGGAUCAUAUGGAACUUCAUGGUGGGAACGAUUUGAGGAAACACCUGGAAAUUCACACAAAGAAAAUCAAUGAAUUAUUAUUGCCAUUAUGA